UGUGAAGGUGAAGUGAAUAUUGUUACAUAUUUGUUUGAAGCAUAAUCUGAAGAUAGGGGCAAAAGAGUAAUUAGAAGGAAAGGAAAAGAAAAGAGAAGAGGGUGGUUUCGUUUGACCUAAAUACCCUCUGUUGGUAGCUUGGUUGAAGGUAUGGAUUUCCCAUAAGGACCCUCUAAUUCCCAAUCUUCCUCUCUUCUCCUUACCCUUCUUCUCCUAAUUCCGAUUUUCUCCACUUCCCCGCCAUUUUUCAAAUUCCCGUUUCUUCUUUUUUUCUCGAUCAACCCCUUUCUGUUUGCCACCUAGGGUUCCGCUUUUUUUCUUCCAAGCUUCAAUCUUUCAGCUGGCGUUCUAUCCGCAAAUUCUCGUUGUCGUUAUAUAUAGUGAUUAAUGUCUUCAAUGUCUAAUCAUGAUUUGAUAAUUAGCCAGAGUCAUAAUUUGGCACUUGGCCAUAACCAGCAACUGGUACUGAACCACACUCAUAGUUUGGGCCUCAGUGGGAACCAUGAUUUGGAAUUGGGACAAACUGAUGAUCAGCAUUUGGGUCUGGGACAACCUCACGAUCAUGAACUGGGCUUAGGAAUUGCCAGUGACCAUGAAUUGGGUUUGGGACUGAACCAUGAUGAUGGAGACGGUGUUCACAGGUAUGGGCACGAGGAUGAGCUAUCCAUGGAUCAAAAACCAGAGCAUGAUGGCCAUGGGAUGCCCAUUCCCACUCAAAAUCAUGAGUUGACCAUAACAGAGAACAAUGAGUUGUCUGUUUCAGAAAAUCAAGAAUUUGAUGAGAACAUAGCAAUGACUAUGGUCCACAACCCAGAAAUGAGUAUUGAAUCUGCUGAAGAAAUGGGUCUUCACGAAUCCCAGCUUAUGGUUGCCACAUCCCCUGUGAUUCAGGCUCGUACUUUAGCCAUAAGUCCUAAUUAUGAAUUGUCAGUGGGACAAGAAUUCCCUGAUGUUAAGAGUUGCCGAAGGGCAUUGAGGGAUACAGCAAUUGCUCUGCAUUUUGAGAUGCAGACUAUAAAAUCUGACAAGACUCGGUUUACUGCUAAAUGUCGAAGCGAAGGAUGUCCCUGGCGCAUUCAUGCGGCAAAACUCCCUGGUGUUCCAACUUUUACUAUUAGGACAAUCCAUGAGCAUCAUACAUGUGGAGGAAUUUCACAUCUUGGCCAUCAACAAGCCUCAGUUCAAUGGGUUGCUACCUCUGUGGAGGAAAGGCUGAGGGAGAACCCUAAUUGCAAGCCAAAGGAGAUAUUGGAAGAGAUUCAUAGGGUUCAUGGCAUCACUUUGUCAUACAAGCAAGCUUGGAGAGGCAAGGAGCGUAUCAUGGCUGCAAUGCGUGGAUCUUUUGAAGAGGGAUACCGCUUGCUUCCACAAUACUGUGAACAGGUGAAACGCACAAAUCCAGGAAGUAUUGCAUCUGUUUAUGGAAAUCCAACUGAUAAUUGCUUCCAACGCCUAUUCAUAUCCUUUCAAGCGUCAAUAUAUGGUUUUUUAAAUGCUUGUCGACCACUUUUGGAGCUUGAUAGAACAUAUUUAAAGAGCAAGUAUCUUGGUACAUUACUUCUAGCCACCGGAUUUGAUGGUGAUGGGGCUCUCUUUCCUNUGGCUUUUGGUGUUGUUGAUGAGGAGAAUGAUGAUAAUUGGAUGUGGUUUCUGUCAGAACUUCAUAACCUGAUGGAGACAAACACCGAAAACAUGCCAAGGCUUACAAUUUUGUCUGACAGGCAGAAGGGNAUANUAGAUGGUGNGGAAGCAAAUUUUCCCACUGCAUUCCAUGGAUUUUGUAUGCGUCACUUGAGUGACAGCUUUCGCAAGGAGUUUAACAACACAAUACUUGUUGAUCUUCUAUGGGAAGCUGCUCAAGUUCUUACCAUACUUGAAUUUGAAGCAAAAGUUUUAGAGAUUGAAGAAAUAUCACAAGAUGCUGCGUACUGGANUCGAAGAAUUCCACCUCAUUUGUGGGCUACUNCAUACUUUGAGGGGCAAAGUUUCUUUCAUUUUUCAGCAAACAUAGUUGAAUCUUUAAACACAUGGAUAUUAGAGGCAUCUGGGCUUCCAAUAAUUCAAAUGAUGGAAUGCAUAAGAAGACAGCUAAUGACUUGGUUUAACGAGCGGCGAGAGAACAGCAUGCAGUGGACAUCAAUACUUGUACCUUCAGCCGAGAGAGUUGUUACAGAAGCUCUUGAUCGUGCGAGGACGCACCAGGUACUUCGUGCCACUGAUGCUGAAUUUGAAGUUAUAUCACAUGAAGGAACAAACACUGUUGAUAUUAGGACCCGUUGUUGUCAAUGUCGUGGGUGGCAGCUCUAUGGUUUGCCUUGUGCACAUGCUGUGGCUGCUCUUCUCUCUAUUAGGCAGAAUGUGCAAAGAUUCACAGAAACCUGUUUUACUGUUGCAAACUACAGAAAGACAUACUCACAGACCAUACACCCAAUUCCUGAUAAAUCUCUGUGGAAGGAGUUGUCUGAGGCUGAGGGGGUUGUCACUGUUUCUGAUGUUGAUCAACUUCAACUUCAACUUACUAUUAACCCUCCUAAGUCACUCCGGCCACCGGGGAGACCCAGAAAGAAACGGGUUCGGGCAGAAGACCGUGGUCGCAUAAAACGGGUUGUGCAUUGCAGUCGUUGCAAUCAAACGGGUCACUUUAGAACUACCUGUUAAGCAUACAACACUUCCUACAAGCAUUUCGCUGAUUACCCAAGGUUUUUAACCGAAGGCCUUGGGGCCCUCGGUAAAUAUUGUUUUUUGACGGUCACAAUGAGAAUUACCGAGGGGCAUGGUGAAAUGUAUUUACCGAAGGCUUCGAGAGCAUUACCGAGGGGUUUAUGGCCUUCGUUAAGAGGCUAGACGCCUUAAACUGAAUAAUUGGGGGUAUUGUAGAAGGUCGUCCCCAAUUUCGUAAGACAAUCUCCAUUUUCGCGUGGUGCACCCCAUUCUCUCCCUCUCCAUUCCCAUCCCCAAUUGAACUACCAUUGUGCUUCCCAUUAUCUUCCUCUCCCUUUCCCGUCUGUCCAGUGGCAUUGGGUGGUUAGGGUUCACUUGGCAAACCUUCCCCGUAGUGGUGUUCAAGUGUUUCUUCCACCAGUGCGUUGGCGUUGCUGUCAGAGGGUGGUCCGUUAACAUCACGACGUGUGGCGUUUCUGUCAGGAGGGUGCUCCCGUGACGUGAGGGUUCCUGUCUUCGUCAACGGAAGCUAUUGGGAGACCAUUGCGUCGAGGGUGAGCUUGAGAAGGGCUUUGAAUUGUUUCAAAAAAGGGAUGAAGAGAGUAUAGGGAGAAUACGUGACCACUGACAAGCAAAGGGAAAGAAAAGGAGUUUGUAUUGUGGCCAGAAAGGGAGGAAGAGAGUCUACGGAGGAGACUUGAGCAGUUUAGGAAAGCAAAGGCAAAGCUUCCUUUUAGAUCACUUGAAAACAUUAGCUAUGAUUGUGACGCAAGAUUGAGAGGGGGGAUAGCAUGCUAUGAAACUCCUGUGGAAAAAGUUUUAGCACAAUUCAAGACUGUUUGUUGCUAAAAGAUGUCCUAGUGAGGGUUCAAAUAUGAUUUUUUAAUAAAUGAGGAAAUAUUAUUCUCGGAUUGUAACCAUAAGUAACUAAUUAUAUAUUUGCAUAAAUGUAUUCAAUGUAAUUAUAUAUCUUCAAUACGUUAAAGUACAACUGAAAUUUUGCUCGCAUCACCCCUUAGAUGUAUGAUGUAUCAAAUAGGAAAUAGCAAAUUGUUCCAGUUAUAUUAGGGACACCAUUUUAUUGUUUUAGAAUUUUACUUGUUAUUUGAUUUUAGGUUCUAUUCAACUGUGAUUCUAUGCUGUAUCUGGUUUCUUUGAGGAUGACUAAUCCUUGAUCUGUAACUUUGCCAUUGUAUUGUAUAUGAAUUUCUAUUUGCAUUGUAUUUCCUAAACAAAAAAUAAAUAUGGUUAUUUUAACCUAA